AUGAAAUCAUCGUAUUAUUUAGAUAUUUUGCGUGGACGAUCUCAACAAUUACCUGAUGUUCGAUCAAAAAUUGUACGAGUUUUUGUUAGUUCAACGUUUUCAGAUACAUUAACUGAACGAGAUUCUUUAAUUGAAAAUAUAUUUCCUAAACUUAAAGAUUAUUGUCGUGAAAAAUAUGGAUUAGAAUUUCAGUAUGCUGAUAUGCGAUGGGGAAUUCAAACUGAAUCAGCUAAUAAUCAUGGAGAAGUUGCAACAUGUUUAAAAGAAAUUGAAUUAUGUAAAAAAUAUUCUGUUGCUACUAAUUUUGUGGUAUUACUUAGUCAUCGUUAUGGUUCACGGCCAAUUCCAGCUCAGAUUCGUGCAUCAUUAUUUGAUUUAUUAAAAGAAACUGUUCUUAAUGAACAAAAUGAAAAUCAUGAUGCUGAACUAUUAACACAAUGGUAUCAACUUGAUACAAAUUGUAUGCCACCUGCAUACGUUUUACAGAAUAUUUCAUCAAUUAUACCACAUUUUAUAUCAAAAAAUACAGAUGAAGUAAAACAAGCAGAUAAAGAAUGGAAAGAUAUAAAUAAUCGUUUAAGACUAUGCCUUCGACAAGCAGCAGAAACAUGUCUUCAACGAGAACAAAUCAUAGAACCUGAUUAUGAUAAUUUUUUUAUAUCGGCAAAAGAUGCUAAUGAACGUACUUUAUGUUUUUUACGUGAAAUUGUUGAUAUUCAAAAUCAUUUAUCAGAUGAAAAGGUACGAAAAUAUAUCGAUAUGUCAUCAGAAACAGUUAUUGAUCAAGAAGCUGAAAAAUUACUCGAUCGAUUAAAAAAUGUUCGUAUUCCAGCUGCAUUAAAAUCUCAAAACAUAUUCAAAUAUAAACUUCAUUGGUCAUCAAAUGGAAUUAACCGACAAGAACAUUCUCAAUACAUAGAAGAAUUUAAUAAUGAUUUUUAUACAGCAAUGAAAGAACAAAUAGAUCGAUGUGUUCAAUCACGUUAUACAAUUGGUUCUGAUAGUUUACAACAUGAAGUAUUAGAACAUGCUAUACAAUGUAAAACAUAUGUUGCUAAAUUUCAUGGAAGAAUUGAUGUCUUAUCUAAAUUGGAAAAAUUUGUGAAAAAUAAUAUUGAAUGUCGACCAUGUGUUGUUUAUGGUGAAUCUGGUUGUGGAAAGACAAGUGUAAUAGCUAAAACGGCAACAGAGAUAUUUAAAUGGUGGCCUAAUCGAUCUGUUUCAGUUAUUUUACGUUUUCUUGGAACUACACCAGUUUCUUCAACUAUUUAUAAAACUUUACUUUCUAUAUCUGGACAAAUUUCUGAAUUAUAUAAUAUACCAAUGACGGCCUAUCCAACUGUGAAUCAACUUCGUGAUCAACUUGAAUUAAAUCUUCUCUCUCAAAUACGUGAUAAUGAAUAUCUUCUUAUAUUACUUGAUUCAAUCGAUCAAUUACAUAGUGAUGCAUAUGAUUGUAAAUGGUUACCAAUAGAAUUUCCAUUCAAUGUUAAAUGUAUUGUAUCAACAUUGCCUGAUCAUGGAAAUAUUUUAGAAAAUUUAAAACAUAUUUUAAUUGAAAAUGAAAAUUUAUUUAUACAUGUUCCACCAUUUGAACCAUCAACAGUUGAAAUAGUUUAUAAUGAUUGGCUUGAAAUGAAACAGCGUUCAUUAAGUACAGAACAACGUUUAUUUAUAAAUAAUUUAAUGAAUAAAAAACAUAAUAUUCUUCCAUUAUUUAUGAAACUUAUGUUUGAUAUCAUAUCUUAUUGGCAUUCAUAUGAUUCAAUUGAUGAACGAUUAAAUCAAUUGAAUGAUGUUGAUGAUUGUAUACGUUAUUUAUUUCAACGUUUACAAACUAUACAUAAUAGUGUUUUAUUUAGUCGAGCAUUAUGUUAUAUGACAGCAUGUAGAAGUGGUAUUAGUCAAAAUGAGCUUGAAGAUGUUCUUUCACUUGAUGAUGAUGUACUUAAAAGUGUUUUUGAACAUUAUAUACCACCUGUUCGACGUUUACCAGGAAUUUUAUGGACACGAAUUCGAAAUGAUUUAGAUGAAUAUAUUACUGAAAAAGAAGUUGAUGAUGCACCUGUUAUUUAUUGGUAUCAUCGUCGAUUUAUUGAAGUAGCACGAGAAUUAUACAUAUCAAAUUUAAAUGAUACAGAUCGAAAAAUAGUUUUUCAGAAUGCUGUUGAUUUGUUUAAAGAAACAUGGAAAGGAAAAAAUAAACCAUUUAAAAUUGAUGAUCCUAAAUUAGUUAAUAAAUAUAAAUUAGAUGAAUCAGCUGGUGAAAUUCAAGCAAACCGUUUUACAACAUCACAACCUGUUGAAUUUAUUGAUGUUGAUGGCCGAAUACAAUAUAAUAAACGAAAAUUAAACGAAUUACCUCAAUUUUUAAGUAAAUUACCACCUGAUAUAGCAGUUCCAAUUGCAGCUGAAGAAAUCCUUUUUAAUUAUUCAUUUAUGCAUGCUAAAUUUAGUUGUUCAUCAUUUCUUGAUAUUCAAAAUGAUAUUGAUCAAUUUGGAAGUACAUCAUCUGAAAUAUCAUCCGAUGAAGUUCGAAUGGCUCAAAAAGAACUUUCAAUUCUUCAAAUGGCUUAUUUCUUAUUUGGUCUUUUACUUAAUGAAUAUCCAGAUAAUUAUGCAUUUGAAUUAACAUCACGUUUAGUAAUAUUAUAUGGUUUAAAAACUAAUAUAACUAAUUUAUUAAAACAAUGUGAUGAACAAAGUCCACGUCAUUGUGCACUUAUUGUACCAUAUUGCCAAAUACAACCACCAGGAAAUGGUUUACUCUUUUCAAUGAAUAAACAUACAAUGCCUGUCGUUGAUUUAGAUUUCACAAAUAAUCAAAUGGCAGUUAUAUCAUUAUCAAAUAAAAUAAUUGUUUUUAAUAUGGGCACAUUUAAUACAGCAGUAGACAUUAAAUUACCUAAAUUAAAUGAACCUUAUUUAAAUUCGACAACAUUACCAAAAAUGAUUAUUCGUCAUACAAAGGAAAAUAAUACUGAUAAUGAUUCCGAUGAUUCUGAUAAUUCUUCGGAUUCAGACAAUGAUGAAGAAAAAUUUAAACAAUAUGUUUUUUUUGUUAAUUCAUUUCAUCAUGUUUACCUUCUAUCAAGUCAUGGUGAUAUUAAAUUUCAUCGAACAUCAAUAAAAGGAUAUUCAACUGUUGAAAUAAUUAAUAAUAAACGUGGUUUAUGUAUACUUGUUGAACAAAAUUCUAAUACUGUUGAAUGUUGGAGUUUAGGAGAAAAUAAAUUAUUUUCUAAAAUUGAUUUAUCAUUAACAUCAUCAAUUAAAACAGUUUUACAUUCUAAAUUAAGUUCAUCAUUAAUUAGUAUUGUUCUUUAUGAUGGAACUAUUCUAUUUUAUACUCUCAAUGAUUCAACAUUCAUUCAUCGUGCUACAAUUAAUGGUGGUCAACAUUUAGAUUUAGUUAUUGUUGAUAAAGAUAAAUUAAUAUGUACAUUUGAUUCAACAAUUUCUAUUGAUUUUUCUCAUAUUGAUUUAAAUUCAAUAAUUGAAACUGAAAAAGUUUUAUCUGAUAAAGAAAUAAUUAAAACAUUAAUUGCUUUUAAUCCACCUAUAAGUCCUAAACCAAUUGAACGAAUUGUACUACCUGAUGGCAAAGAAAAUUUAUCAGAUAAUUCAAUGAAUAUCUAUUUUAUGGUUUUAACAAAAGAGUGUUUAUGUAUUGUGCAUACUUGUAUGGAACAAGAUAUAUCAUAUGUACGUAUUCCUGGUCAAUAUGAUGUUGUUUCAGUACAAGCCCAACAUCCACGUUUUAUAUAUACUGCUCGAGGUGGUAUUGUCAAUAUGUAUAAAUGGAAGUGUAGUGAAGGAGAAGAUAACGAACAUGGCGAAUGUAAUUUUUAUCAUGAACAUCAGUUAUUUGUUUCUAUCGAUAUUAGUUCAUCAUCAGUACUUACUAUAAAACCAUCCAGUGGUUCUGCAAGUAGUUUUCUAUGUUCAAUGCAAAAUGGAGCUAUUAAUGCAUAUUAUGGUUAUAAAGCACGAGAAGCUUUUAAAAAAAUACCGCCUUUACCACGUACAACAGAAUUAAUCGCAGAUUUGUAUAAAGAAGUUUGGUCACUUAUCUUUAAUUCUAUCAAUGGUAAUCGUCUUCGUUAUUUACAUUUACCAUAUCAUAUACGAUAUUGGAAAGGAGAAAAAUGUUCAUAUGAUUUCUCUGCUUUAAAAUAUGCCAUUCUUCAAUAUCUAUCAGUUAGUGAAAUGUUGACAUUUAUGACUUAUUGUCCGAAUCUUCGUCGAUUCAAAGCUUGUCUUGAUGCUCCACAUGAAGAUCUUUUUCGACAUACAAUUAUUCUUCUCAAACUCAAUCAUCUUACUUUGAAUCUUCAAGAUAAAUGGACAUUUGAAGAAAUUCAACAACUUUUAACCAUAUGUCCCUAUUUAAAACAUUUGAUUCUUAAAUUAGAAGCUCAAGGAAAAACAAAAAUUAUGUUUGAACCAAUAAUAUGGCAAACACUAUUUGAAAAUAAAUUACCGUAUAUGAUCUUUCUACGACUUCAAUUAAACUGUAUUAUUGGAUAUCGAGACAACAAACACUAUAAUUAUCAAGAAAUAUUUUAUCAUACCAAAUAUUGGCUUCAACGACAACCUCAUUUUCAAGUAACAGUCAACGAAAUUCAGCAAGAAGUUUACUGA